AUGUCGAGUUACAAAAAUGUAAUUCCAAAAAGGAGCUAUCAGGAGAGGGGGCAAGCGAAACAUAGACUGUAUCUGGGAGAAUUGGAAAAAAAGGUGGACUAUGGAAAAAGGAGGGAAAUAUAUAAGAAGAAAAAAAAAAUUGAAAAUGUGCUGAAAGAGAAGAUUAUGAACAAGAAUCCAGAUGAAUUUCAUACAGGUAUGAUACAUUCUAGAAUAAAUGAUGAUACAAAUGAAUUAAUAAAAGAAGAAAAAGUGUUGAAGGAAGAAGUAAAGUUAAAACAUAAAAGAGAUGAAUUAACACAGCAAGCUAAUAUGCUAUAUAAAAAAUUAAAAAAAAUUAAUAAAGCUAUUGACAAUUAUCAGAUAAAUGUCCCCCUAAGAUACAUUUUUAACAAUUCCCAUGAGUACUAUAAUGACAAUGAAGAUACAUAUGUACUUAAAGCAGAAAAUAAAAAAGUGAAAAAUAGAGCUGCUAUUCUUCAAAAAAGAUAUAACUCUUUAAUUAAUUUAAAAAAAAACAUCUUAUCCCAUAUAAGAAAUAUAGAUAAUAAAUAUGUAAUUACUUACAAAAAUGUAGAUGGUUAUAGUGUCAUCAAAGGAUCUGGUGGUACACCUUAUCGUUUCUUUGCACCACGCCUCCGAUGA